ACAAUUUGAUUGAUUUUCAUCUUAAAAACGAAAGAGAUGAAAAAACCAAAAAAAGAUAAAAGCGAAUCUCUAAUCCCUCGAGUCUAUUGACUCUUUCGUUUUCUCUCUCGAUUCCAUUCACUUUAUCGGAUCCAAAUUCUACUCUCUCAAUGAACAGUUAAUCUGUUUUCUUUUUUCUGUCAUUUCCUCUCUUUCUCUUUGUGUCUGGUUUUUUCUCUUUUAUUUAUUUUGAUUAACUAAGUUGUUCUUUUAAUUGUAAUGAAAUGUUUUCCUUCUCUUUCUUCUCAACUGCACCGAGUUUACCUAAACAUCUUAAAAGUACCAAUGAUUUACUCAUAAAUGAGAAGAACUCUGAUUUAUCUCGAUUAUCAUCCAUUCUUAAUUCUUCACCAUUGGUAGAAAAUAUUUCGUCUAAUUUAAUUGAACCAGAUGAUAAAUCGGCUUCUUCGCUCUCUUCGCCUUCCUCUUCUUCUUUGUCUUGCUCAUCUUUAUCAUCCUUCUCACCAACAUCUUCGUCUUCAACAUCUUCAUCCCAAUCAACACAAUCUUUGUCAUCUUCAUCUCUCUCAUUGAGCUCACCUUUACCUAAGCCACAAACGAGUCAAUCAUCCGAAUCAACUUGCCCAUCAUCAAGUCCGGUAGAAACACCGACAAAGCGAUGCUCUUCGCCUUCUUCACUCUCAUCAAUUCCAUCGCCAUUCACAACUUCGCCUUCAUCGCCUGUUUCUAGUUUCACCAAAUUCGAGGAAAAGAGAAGGAAUCAAGCAGAGAAACAAAACAAAACAUUGCGAUCGAUUUUAAGAAACACCGCUCAGCGAUUCGGAUUAAGAGAGAGAAUCUCGUCGACAACUUCAGCAUCUUCUUUGUCUCCAUCAACACCAACUACUCGUUCAAAGGGGAAGAAUUUUUUACGACUUGAGUCAUUUCCUCUUUCUUAUGGAGAUUUUUACAAUUCGAUUGGUUCCGUUGUACCAUCUUGGGCUGGUGGAAACAGCAAUUCGUCUACAGGGACAUCAAACAUUGACGAUGGACCUUUGGAUGAUAUUCAAAGACAAGUCAGUGUUGUGGCAGAUCAAUUGAAUGAAAUGAAGACAGUUGAUGAAAUGAGCUCAGCUGUUAAUAAGUUUUACCAAUCGAUGAUCAACCGAUUUGAAGAUCUUCCAAUUUUCAAAGAAAUUGUUCAAGUCUCAGUGGAUCAACUAAUCGAUUACACUGAAAUCAGAUUACUCUCCAGCAUGUGUAAUACGAUCUUCAAUCAGAUUUUAAUAGAAGAUGAAAGCAAAGAUUUACAAUUACAAAGUCAAAUUCGGAAUCUUAAUUGGAUUACAACAGAUCAUCUUGAACUUGAUCUCGAUCUCUCUAAACCGGAGAUCUGUGAUUACAUGGAUCAAGCGAUCAGUCACAUAAUCGAAAUGGGAUCGAAAGGAAUUCCUCUUCAAAAAUUGGAAUGUAUAUUCAACUGUUCUAAAGCUUUACUACAACUAUUAUAUUUAUCUCGUGAAGGUGAACCAGUCAGUGCUGAUCUAUUUUUACCUGCUCUUGUUUACACCGUAAUUCAAGCCAAUCCGCCAUUGCUUCAUUCCAAUAUCAAGCUGAUUAAUCAAUUUUCCUCACCGAAUCGUCUUUCCUCUGGGGAGAUGAGUUAUUAUUUCACUAAUUUGUGUUGUGCUGUUGCGUUUAUUGAGAAACUUGAUGGAGAAUCGCUUAACCUUUCAGAGGAAGAGUUUCGUCGUUACAUUAAUGGAGAUGAGCGACCAAACAAUGGCUACCAUGAUCAGUUACAAUUUAACAAUCGGCUCAGUGAAACUUUUCGGCGAAUGAACAGAAGCAACAAUUUAAUUGCUUCUCUUUCAUCAAAGCAAAAUUCCCUGGAAGAAGAGACUGAACAAUUGAAAAGAACGAUUAUCAUUGAACAAGAAUCUCUCCUUUCUCAACUUAAAUCAGUAACAGAAUCAAUGGAAUCUACAGUAAACAACAGCAACAAUCAAGCUCACGAAUUAAGGAGAGUCGUUUUCGAAUCGAGAGUCACUCAAAGUCCAUUUUACUAUGAAUUGAAUAGAACCAGCUGAUGAAUGGGUGUUUAGCUCAUCAUAUUACAAAACAAUAGGAUCAACUUAAUUCGAGCCUUUUAAUUGCAAAGAAAAAAUUAGCAUUGCUAAUCACAUAUACAACUUUUUUUGCUCUCUUCGUGUGUUUGCUCUUGAUUAGAUUGAGGGCGUUUCGCUAAUUUGAAUACAAAUUAAUUGUUAUUGUUUUUCCCUUUGAAUCUAUUUAAUUUAGGAAGGCCCAGGACAAUUAAUCCGUUAACAAUUAACGCUCAAGGGCCAUUGUUUGCUUAGUGAAACGCCAGUAAAUUGAGUCAGAACAUUUUUACGUAAUAAUUGAAAAGCUUUUUGCUUUUGUUGUUUAAUUUUUACACAAACGUUGAGUUGAAAAUAUUUUUUUACGACAACAUUUUAACUAAAUAAACUCAAAUAAUUGAUUUUUUAUUAAAAUUUAUUCUUAAUUGUUAAUCUUUUACUCUAAUUGUAUCAUUUAGUGGUGAAUAUAAAAUAAAUACCUGAAUGGAAUGUUAAA